CACGACCUAAGAAUUCAGGUUGAAAAAGGAACAAUAUUUCACCUCUUUUUGGGUUUCACUUUUUUUCAUUCAGGCAAGUCAACAAACAGCAGGCAAGUGCAAAACGUCGUCGUUAACAACACUCUGAUAGCUCCGCUCCGUUGCCUGCAUUUUCUCUGACCAAAACGGAGCGGUUAAGGACCCGAACGGAGGAUGAGUAGUACGGAUCCAUUACCGUCAGCUCAUGGAAAUCUUGACCAGCAGAUUGGUCAGCUCAUGCAGUGCACGCCCUUAUCCGAGCAAGAGGUGAGAGCACUAUGUGAUAAAGCAAAAGAAAUUCUGAUGGAUGAAAGCAAUGUACAGCCGGUGAAAAGCCCUGUGACCAUAUGUGGUGAUAUUCAUGGGCAGUUCCAUGAUCUUGCUGAGCUUUUCCGAAUUGGUGGGAAGUGUCCAGAUACCAAUUAUUUAUUCAUGGGAGAUUAUGUGGACCGUGGAUACUAUUCUGUUGAAACUGUAACACUUUUGGUAGCCCUCAAAGUGCGCUAUCCUGAAAGAAUUACAAUCUUGAGGGGAAAUCAUGAAAGCCGUCAGAUUACUCAAGUCUAUGGAUUUUAUGAUGAGUGCUUAAGGAAAUAUGGUAACGCAAAUGUGUGGAAGACGUUCACAGAUUUGUUUGACUAUUUCCCACUCACAGCUUUGGUUGAGUCAGAAAUAUUUUGUCUUCAUGGUGGCUUGUCUCCUUCUAUUGAAACCCUUGAUAGCAUCCGUAAUUUUGAUCGUGUUCAAGAAGUUCCACAUGAAGGGGCAAUGUGCGAUCUUUUAUGGUCUGAUCCUGAUGAUCGAUGUGGUUGGGGAAUUUCUCCAAGGGGGGCUGGAUAUACAUUUGGCCAAGAUAUAUCAGGGCAAUUUAACCAUACUAACAACUUGAAGCUUAUUGCACGAGCACACCAGCUGGUUAUGGAGGGAUUCAAUUGGGCUCAUGACCAAAAGGUUGUAACCAUAUUCAGUGCACCUAAUUAUUGUUACCGGUGUGGUAAUAUGGCAUCCAUUCUUGAAGUUGAUGAUUGCAAAGGGCAUACAUUCAUUCAGUUUGAACCAGCUCCAAGGAGAGGGGAGCCAGAUGUAACCCGAAGAACGCCAGAUUAUUUCCUGUAAAACUUUUGCUACCUCCCAAAGAGUGGAGUUUUGCUUUGAAAUCUUCUCUUCAGUAGAGUAGUGGUAGCUCUAUGUAUUGGCUCUGAAACCUAAAGUUAGUAAAUAUUGAUGUGGUUGUAUUAAAAAGCACCCAUAUGGCUGCAGAACACUUUUUGAUUCAUUUUCAUGACAUUCAAAGAGUUGAUGAAGGUGGCUGAUAGCUGCUGCUUGCAAUCUAUUCGCAUAGAAGAUCUUUUAACUUUUUUCUCAACCGC